UUCUCAGGAAAGUUGGUUCGUUUUUCUCAGAAAAAUGGCAACGGUCGGAUCACACGGUAGGGUCCACUACGAUCUUCCAAUACCAUCGGUGAGGAUUCGCAGUAACCCCAAAAAUGCUUCUUUUGGUUCACUCAAACCUUGGCUAAUAUCUCACCAUUCCAAGUUUGGAAAUUUUUAUUCUGAAUUACGACUCCAGAGGAAAAUACCAUCUCCGGAAUCAAUGUCAACACUUGGGGUAUUAUCCUCUAAUCAGUCUACAAUGGAUUUUUCAAUGUCUGGUGACCUAAUUAAGGACCACGUUGAUAGUGGAUUUCCCGAAGAUGCACUAAAGGUGUUUGUUAAAAUGCUCGAGUGUGGUUUUCCACUAGACGAAUUUCGUUUUUUCCCCGUUUUGAUCAAGGCCUUUGGAGUCAUAUCUGAUGUAGAAAAAGUUAGAGAAAUUCACGUACAUUUGGUGAAAUUAGGAGUUUUGGAUGACAUUUAUGUUGCGAAUUCGCUUUUAGGUGUGUAUUGGAAGUGUGGAGAGGCUAGGGAUGCUAUUCAAUUGUUUUGGAAAAUGCCGAAGAAGGAUUCGGUUUCGUGGAACACAAUGAUAUCUGGGUUUUGUCGUUCGGGAGAUUACAUGGGCUCAUUGAGAAUGUUUAGUCAGAUGAUCAGAGAACAUGGGGUGCUCCCCAAUAGGGUAGCUUGCCUUUCGGCUCUCUCGUCAUGCUCGGCGCUCAAAUCUUUGCUUCACGGAAAAGAGAUUCAUGCUUUUGUUUUGAAGAGUGGAUUGGAUUUGGAUGAUGAUUUCUUAAUUAGUGGAUUGGCGGAUAUGUACAUGAAAUGUAGGGAUGUAAAGAAUGCCGGGUACAUAUUUGAAGGCAUUCUCGAUAAAGAGGCGGUGAGAGAAAACGCGGUAAUAUGGAAUGUGAUGAUCCUAGGCUAUGUCUCCAAUGGGUAUUUCUCGCAGGCAGUGGAGUUGUUCGUAGAGAUGUUGGAAAGUGGCAUAUUGCCAGAAUCUUCUACAAUGGUUGCUGUUUUAGUUUUAUGCUCGGGGCUGCUGGAUUUAGCAGUAGGAAAGCAAAUUCACGGGUUUGCUAUUAGCCAUGGAUUGGACAAAGAUGUGAGAGUUGAGACAGCUCUUAUAGACAUGUAUUUCAAAUGCGGAUAUGCUAAAGCUGGUUUAGAUAUCUUCAAAACCUCCCUGAAUCGUAAUAUUGUCAUGUGGGGUGCUGCAAUAUCAAAUUGUGCCCAAAGUGGUCUUCCCUCUGAGGCAUUGGACUUAUUUCACAACUACAGAAUGAAAAACGGGUUUGCCGAUUCUCUCAUAGUUUUGGCUGCUUUGCGGGCAUGUUCAUCCUUGACUCUGAAGUCGAAAGGCUUGGAAAUUCACGGACUAGUGGUAAAAUCAGGAUUUGGCUCAGAUGUUUUCAUUGGCGGUGCCUUAGUUGAUAUGUAUGCUAAAUGUAGAGAUAUUGAGUCUGCUGAAAAGGUCUUCUACAGGCUACUUGAUAGAGAUUUGAUCACAUGGAAUGCGUUAAUAUCUGGGUAUGCUCAGAACGGAUGUCCAGAUGAAGCUUUAAAAGCAAUCCACGAUAUGCAAUCUGAACGGAUCACACCAAAUUCUGUAACGAGUGCAUGUGUUCUUUCGGUUUGCGCUCAUUUGUCAGCAAUGACCUUGUGCAAGGAGGUUCAUGGCUAUUUAUUACGACGGGGGUUUGGCUCCAAUGAUCUGAUCAGCAAUUCUCUUAUAGCCACAUAUGCAAAAUGUGGGGAUAUAAAUAGCUCGAGGACAAUAUUUCGGAAAAUGCCUGAAAAGAAUGAAGUAUCAUGGAAUUCGGUUUUCCUUGGAUUAGGUAUGCACGGCCAUGCAGAUGAAGUGUUUGUUUUAUUUGAAGAAAUGGAAGAAUCAGGGAUGAAACCUGACCAUGCAACUUUUACAGCUCUUCUCUCUGCAUGCAGCCAUGCCGGAAGACUUGAAGAGGGAUUUAAAUACUUCAGAAGUAUGGUGGAAUGCUACAAACUCGAACCUCAACUUGAACCGUACACUUGUAUGGUUGAUCUUUUAGGCCGAGCGGGUCAACUAAAGCAGGCGUAUGAUAUGAUUCUGGCCAUGCCUUGCGCUCCCGACGAUAGAAUAUGGGGAUCAUUGCUUGCAGCAUGCAAAAGUCAUGGGGAUAGAAGAUUGGCCGAAGUUGUGGCUGAUCACAUCUUGGAACUUGAUCCGACAAACAUUGGCUACAGAAUCCUUCUUUCAAACCUUUAUGAAGAUUAUGGAAAAUGGGAGGAAGUUAACAGGGUUAGGACAGAAAUUAAAGACAUGGGACUCAAGAAGAGCCCCGGAUGCAGUUGGAUUGAAGUUGAUAAUGAUAUUCAUACCUUUGUCGCGGGUGAUCGAUCUCAUCAUCAUACGGUGGAUAUAUAUGAUGCUCUUGAAAGGUUGACAUUGCAGAUUAGAAAGGCAGGAUACGUUCCCCAAUCCCCAUUGGUAACUGUUGGACCCAGUGAUGUUCUCCAUAAAGAUCUUACAUCAACUAAAACCAAUAGUUUGUUGUUUUUGGCUACAGCUAGAGACAAGGACCAAGCUGCUUCAGCGAAAAUUAUGACAUAAUGACUUCUCAACUCUCAAGUUUACAAUGAUGCUGUUCAUCCCAACAGAAUGUUCUCAUGUCCUUAUAAUUGGUUGACUUUUCUUCUCGCAAGAUGUACAGUGCAUGCAGGAACAAGUUGGAUAUGAAAUCUACAUCAUGAACUGCUCUAUGAUCUAUAUGACUAAGAAAAGCAUUUCAAGAAGAUGUUGACGUUUAUCACUAUACAUUUCUCCCAUUGAUGGUAACACAUAUUGAGACCUUUGCUAGUCUUGGAUGAUUACGGGACUAAUUAUUUGUUAAUCUUUGGAAGAUUGGAUAAUCUCGAUAGUGAUGAACGGUUUACAAAUUACGCGGCCCCGGUGUGUUACUGGAUCUAGAUACUCAUUCAAAGCCACUGAAGCUGUUGCUUACUUUGCUACAGCACAAUGCGAGAGUUAUGCAAAGAAUCUGUUACAAGGGUUUGGCUAGUAAUUCAAUUGAACUGCUGAUGUGGCAAGUUCCGAGAUCAUGAUUGGUUUAUUGAAUAUUUGGUGUAUAAUUAAUUAACCGUGUGGUUAGUUUAGU